UUUCCCCUGCCCUAGCGGAGCCGGGGCUGGUGCGGAGACGGCAGAGGGGAAGUGCAAGGAGGCUACAAAAGCGAGCGAGCGAGCGAGCGCGGAGCCCGCAGGUCUCCGCGGCCGGAGGAGCGAGGUCGCCCGGCGGCUGCAGCCCCGCGCCGGGGCCGGGGAACAUGAGCAGGACGAGCGCCGCGGCCGGGACACCCCUGUGCGGGGCUCUGCUCCGCUCCCUCUGCCUGGGGACGCUGAUCGCUCUGGCCGAUGCCAAAGGGACUUUCUACCACCACCCGCCCCCCGUGCCCUACAGCAGCCGAUACAACCUCUACACCUCCGGAUCCAGCCCGCAGCUCAGCCCGGGCAAGCCCAUGGGCAGACACAAGAGUUACUGCGCAUAUGUGGUACAGAGGAACGUGACAUGUGCCCUGCAGGAUGGGGCCGAAAGCUACGUGAAGGCGGAGUAUCACAAGUGCAGCUGGGGGCCUAAGUGCCCAGGGAAAGUCCUGUACCGCACCUUCUUCAGACCCAGGUACAAAAUCGGCUACAAGACAGUGACAGAGCUGGCAUGGAGGUGCUGCCCUGGGUUCAUGGGAGAAGGCUGCCAUGACAGCCCCACUGACCAACCAGGCUUAUUGCCCCAACACCCUAGCCCUAAGCUGCCUCCCAGUCAGAAGCUGUUUCCAGGCCCCAGAAUUCCUCCUCAUCCAAAAAUCCACCAAGACCAAUUUCCAGGACCAAAGAAAAGCUACUACGGUAGGAAGAUGCCUGGCAUCUUUGGGGACAGGCUGGACCGGCUGGAGGAGGAAGUGAGGCACCUCUCACAAUCCUAUGACACUCUGCACAAUAUGGUGAAUGGCCUGGGGGACCACCUGCGUCUGGCCAUCCAGGAGGAUACCAGUAAGAUGAUUGGGUCCCUGAUGAACAGCCCAAGUGUGCCUGACGCCACAGUGGGCUUUGGGGUCAUCCCAGAAGGGAUCGCGGAUGUAGCAGACAAAGCAGACAUCGCCACCUACCCACCGGUGGGGGAGAUCUUGGGCAAAGUGACUGAGGUGAGCGACAUCCUGAAAACCAAGACAAACCUGCUGGAUGAGGUACAUGGCAUGGUUCUAGACCACGAUGGACAGAUCAAGCACCUGCUGGAGUCAGCCAGGCCCUCGCCCCUCACCUCCAUCGACAUGCUGGAGGAGUACAUCGACAGCCGGCUGAGCCAUUUGCGGGGGGAGCUGCUGGAUGGCUUUGAGAAGAAGCUGGGCAAAAUACAGAGCACCUGUGACUUCAGGAUCCAGGAGGUGCAGCAGCAAUGCGAGGAGGAGAAAGCCGCCAACCUGCGGCUGCAGCAGACUCUGGACGGCAAGGAACUAGAGAUUAAGAAGGAGAUCUCCCAGCUGGAGACCCAGAUCCAAGGAUUGACCGUGGUUGAGAGCUGCUGCAGCAACCUAAACUACCUCACUGAGCGCAUGAACAUCCUGGAGAAGGGCCUCCACAGCAUCUCCGAGUCCCAAAAGAACUUGCAUUCACAACUGGAUGGAGAGCUCUCCACCAUCACCCUGGAGAACCUCUUUGAAGGGCGCUUUGAGGACCUGGAGUCCAGGCUCAAUGCCACGGAAAGGGAGAUGGGCAGCUGCUGCCCAACACUGGAGGACAGUGUGAGGGGCAUGGUGGUGUCAGAAGUGGAUGGCAUGAGGACAUCAUUCGAUGAUAAAGUGAGAAUCUUGGAGGACAGGUUCAUGACCAUUGUGGGGGAGCUGAGCAACAUCAGUGCUCCAGCUGGCAUGGAUGGAUCCGUGAUGCCCCUGCUAGAGGGCGAGCUGACUAAUGUGAGAAAGCAAACAGAUGAGAGACUAGAUGUCCUGCAGAGUCAGCUCACCAGCCUGGAGACCACCUGCUCCCUGGGCUGUACCUCCUCUUCCAAAGAUGUGGAGACUUUCCGGACAGAAAUUGAAGACUGCCAGAGCAAGAACCAGGACCUGCUGCUCAGGAUGGACAGCAACUAUGACCUCCUGCGCAAGCUGAACGCCACCAUCCUGGAGAUCCAGCGGCGGAUUGAGGAAGAGGCAGCUGGAUCCUUGCAGGGUGAAAUCACCCUGCUCAAGAUCAACCUGAACACUGUCAGCAAGUCUCUGACAGGACUCAAGGACUCUGUCUCCCAGUAUUCCAACACGAUGCUGCAUGUCAACUCCUCACUGGAUGACCACGAGCGCAAGAUUGAGGAUGAGGUCCACUCCAUCCAGGAGCAGGUCAGCGACCAAGGCUCGCAGCUCUUCUUCAGCAACAGGCGUGUUCUGAACCUCAAGGGUGACUUGGAGAGACUCAAAACCAGAAUUGUGAAUGACCUGAGCAACUGCAAGAAUGUCGCGCAUGACCUGCAGAAGGAGAUGGUUCAGUUUGACAACCGUGUGGCCCAGGUAGAAAACAUGUGUGGCAGGCUGGGCUCUGUGACAAGCAGCCUGGACAUCAUCAAGGAUGAGCUGGAGAAACACACAGGCAGCCUCUGGGGCUACAUGGACCAUAUGAAUGGGACUUUGGCUGCACACUCUCAGGAAAUAACUGUACUGAAGGACAACUUGCUGGAUUGCCAAGCCAAAGUCACUGAGCUGGCUGAACAAAUUAGCCAGUUGGAAAGCACUCCGGAGGGAAAGCAGCAUUAGCUAUACUGAAACCCCCAUCUUUUUUCUUGAAGAACAGAAUUAACUUAUAUCACACAGACUCCAGUGGGACAAUGUUUUUUUUCCCCUAUUAUUAAAGUAUAAAUUAAAAGCUGCUACAAUCCCUUCUCCCAUUUUUCUUCCAUAUAUAUUUUUCUUCCUAAGAAAAGUGAGAUUGUACCAGCCCACGUUAUCCCUUCGAAAUUACUGUACUGCUCUGUGACACUCAGCAUCUGUACUAACAUUGUAGCAAGGUGCCGGUCCAUAGCUGGGUGGUUUUUAGUUUGACUACCAGAGCAAUGACCCAAGAAGGGUCAUCAGGAUGAUGGCAAUCCAGGAUGAUUCACGAUGAUCCCUGCUUCAGCUUCAUUUUUGUGGAUUUGCUUCUGGAGGAUAAAAACCUGUAUUUGUGGGUCGGGUUGGAGAAACUCUGUUCAUGCAUGUUACCCACUAGCACAGAGAUAGCCGGGGACCCCCAAUAGCAAUGCCACCACCAGAAGUCUGGCUAUUAAAAGAAUGCUUUCUAGCACCGCACCUCCCCCCCUCCCAAGAAUUCAAUUCCCUCUUUUGACUUAGUAGGUGCCCUUUUCUUCAGCUGAGCAGACUUUGGGGGCUCAACUACCUAAUUAAUCUAUUUGAGUAAGAAAGUGCCCCUCCCUGCACACAAGACAUUGCCAGCUCCUGUAGGAGUGCAUGCAUCAAAAUGGCAAACUUGUAUACACCAUUCUCUUCUGCCCCUCAUUCCUGAUUGCAGCUUUCUUCAUUUUACUUGCUGUGCUCCGGAGCUUGGUCUAUAAAGCUGGAGGCUGUGUGCCAUUGUAACUUUCUACCUGUUCCACAUGUAGCAUUUCUGGGGAGACCUUUUAGGACUCUACUACAUUUUGUGAGUGCUCUCUACUCAGCUCUCCCAGUCCUAAGUUAAACAGGAACAAAGGCUGCUAAGAAGCCUGCAUUCUUUGCAAAGAUUGCAAACAGUGCACAGCCCUGGCUCAUUACCUGGGUCAUGUUUGCACCUAGGCCUCCAAAGGUGGAAAGCCAAGGCAAGAAGCUGUUAGAUCCCCCAGCCCUGGCACCUGGUUUUCAAGGGGAGAGGGGAUGUGUACAAAUUUCCUUCGUCCAUCAAGUGGCAUUUACUACCCACAGUGCUGAAGUGUAGGUUUUGGGGAAUAGGAUUUACCUGUUCACUGAUUAAUGUGUGCUUGUUUGUGGUAUUCUAUCAUCGUGCAGACUGAAGGCCAGUCAGUAUCCAAUCCAGUUCAUGCACCGCAGCUGCCUGAAGCACCUUGGACAUGUGACUUCUCUAGAGAGUGGAUGCCUUUACCUAGUGCCAAUUAGGAGGGAAAGACAGUGGUGUUGCUUAUAGCACCUUUGAACACAGGACUCUUCUAACUGCUUUUACAAGCUCAGUCUCGGAGGUCUUUGCAGUUUCCACAGUUGUUCAGAUGGACCAGAUGGGGCACCAAGUGGGCAAGCAACUGCCUGACAGCACCAAAAGGUUUAGCUGGGACUGGAACUGAGACUCAGCCUGCAAGGAAACUACUAGAUGUCGGGGGCCUCUACCUUGCAAAUGUGCAACAGCCACUAACAAGGACUGCACUCCAAUCCGAAGAGCAAGCUCCUCUCCCACUGAACGUCCCCAGGGAGCAAGGAAAACAUUCAAAUACGGUUCACACAGGACUAUCUAGAGGACACCUGCUCCGUAUGGACUGCAAUGUUCCAAAUCAGAAGUCCACUAGCACUUUGAGUCACAGCAAGCAAAUCAUUUAUGGUUAGGCCAAGAUGGGACUUGUCACCAUUAAGCAUUAAGAGGAAACAUAGGAGUCUCCAUUCCAGCAAUGUUGGCACUUUAAGGAGAAAGAAAAACUGCCAUUGUUCUCCCAUCUGUCCUACUGCAACUGUCAUUUACCCUUUCAUACUGGCCCUGCAUCAGUUCUGCUUCCCUCUCACCCACCCCCAAAAUGCUCUUGAGCUUUCACUCCUGACCUUUCUGCAUUGCUCCCACUCACCUUUCUG